AUGUGCCGCGUAAGAAGGGGAGACGGAACUUUCAGACUAUGUCGGGCGCUAUUAGAUACGUGUGCCGCCGCGCACUUCAUCACCGAGAAGGUCGCRAGAGACCUACRUUUGCCGAUCAAACCAUAUUCGAUCCCUAUUUAYGCGAUCAACGAYACCACAACUCAAACGACGGGCGUUAUCGAGAUAGACAUUCGAUCACUAGAUAACGAAUAUAGUCGAAACCUUUCACUACUCAUCGUUCCAAAGAUAGCCGAUCAGGUACCCAGCGAAAUCUUCCCGCGAGAACUCAUCAAAAUCCCGUCCGAUCGAAAACUUGCAGAYCCCCAGUUCCAUUUACCACGACCGGUCGAUAUCUURAUAGGUUCUGGAGUAACACUAGCGCUCAUGACAAUAGGACAAGUUUCUUUAUCACCAGGACGCGGCGAUCUGAUACUCCAGAAAACACGAUUAGGUUGGGUAGUCGCCGGGGGAAUCGAAUCUGACGAUCGUAAGAGAAAUCAAACGUUUUUKGCGACAACCGAAUUGAAAGAACAGUUAGAAAAAUUUUGGUURUGGGAGGAAGCGAAUAUAACUCGAUCGAAYCCGGUAAACGAAAUAGACUGUGAAAAUCAUUAUGUCCAAAACACCAAGCGCGAUGAGUCAGGACGAUAUAUUGUGCGUUUACCUUUUCGCGAAGAAGGACAUGAUUACAGUUACCUACGCGGUAUAGCUCUACGUCGAUUCCAUAACCUCCGGAAGAAAUUGUACGCGAAUACUGAACUUCGGAAGGAAUAYGAACGAAUUAUGCAGGAAUAUAUCAAUUUAGGACAUAUGUCGAUCGUCGAAGAUGAAUCCAGAGGGGGUUGCUAUCUUCCCCACCACGCGGUUAUCAAAUCAGCUAGCACGACAACAAAG